AUGCCGCGAUUCAAAAAAGCCUCGAAGAGGGGGAACUCUCAAGGUCCUCAAGGCGGCAGUCGAAAAGCCCUCGAUACGUCGUUUGCACCGUUCAGUGGCACUUCUGCGCCUCGAAAAGGUCAUGGAAACUUCACACUUCAAGAAGAGGCUCGUAAUACCGAACGCCACCUGUCAUUCUGGAAUACCGACCAAAAACUUCGAGAUAGCAAGGUCAGCUUCGUGAGUGCUGGCAGAAUUGUGCCCACCGAGCCCGACGAUGCCGAAGCUGCCCUUGCAGACAUGACGUUGGGUUCUCCGAAGCCGAAUGGUGGUGAAGUGAAAGCAGAUGAGGAAGAGGAGAAGGUGGCGCAAGAUGUUGCCGCAUUCGAGGAGCCCGCCUACUCAUCCGUGAAGACGUUAAUCGAUACGGAGGUCUUCGACUUCAUUGUUGACACCGAAGGCAGCGGUCAGGUCCAGACUGGAAUGUCUCCACCAAAGUUGCGCUCCCCCUCACCUACCCCGUCUAAUUCGAGCGAGGAGGUCAUUUUAUUCCGUGGACGUGGUCGUGACCAGCACCAGCACCAGCAAGUCAGAAUCGUGUCCAAGCCUCCGCAGCCUUCACAACCUGCUAGGAAGAUCGUCGAGAAUAUAGACGCAAAGAUCAGAAUUGUCGACGAUAGAAUUCACGAGCAGACUAAACUGCUCCAAGAAGUCAUUACCGAAGCUCGUUCUUUGUCACCACCGGCACUAUCGUCCACAAAACAAGAGGAUGUUGAGUUUGAGUCGAUUCUUCCUCAGAAUGGUAGGGGUCGUGGUCACAAGGGCAAUCGUCGCAACAAAAACAAAGCCGCAGAAAGAAUUGAAGACGAUGCCAUGAUCGCCGAUUAUAUAGCAAAUAUGGAUGCGGAAGACCCCAUGUUUAAAUCAUUCAACCAGCGUGAUUUGGGUGGCAUAGAGGACGAGGCAUGGCAAAAUACCGAGGCUUCUUCUGGAGAACAAGUCACGGUCUCGACACCUGCAGAUCAAGAAGGAUGGGAUCGGUCGGAUAUUGAGGACUUUGAUGGUGUCGGUACUUCUGAUGGUGUCAUGGGUGAAGUACAAGCCAUACUUUCUAGGAGAAAACGCCCUUCUGGCACCCAGUAUCUUGUCGUCUGGGAGGAUCAAAUGGUAGAUGAGGCUCGUUGGGUACCUGCAAGUACCUUGACAAGUGUGGUUGCGCUGACUUUCAUUGAAACCUUUGAAGCGGAGGAAAAGCUCAUGGCAGAGUUCCAAAAUAGUGAGGGAAGCAGCAGUAUCUCUGGUGACGACCUCGAAAUCGAUGUCGAAGUAGAGGAAGAUGACGAUGAUGCAGAUCUUAUCCAGAGAAAGAUUGACCGUAUGAGCGACGAAAGAAUUGCGAGAUUGCUGUCCAAGCAGGAGCAACUUGGUAUGGGCUCUGACGAGAUAUUACUCUUUGACGAGGAUGAAGAAGAUGAUAAUAUUGUUACCCGAGGAUACAGGCGCUCUUUCGGCAUUUCCAGGGUGACAGCAAACAAGCCUCCUCGGGGACCUAAUCGGGCAAAGGGAGAAUUCCCGUCUGCAACGCUUCUAGCCAGUGCUUACGAUGGAUUCGACAUCAUGGAUUUUGAUCGACCAAGUCUGAGAAAGAAGCCGAAGGGUCGUAAAGGCAAGCUAGUUUUAGACAUCUCCGACUCUGAGCUUGAGGCAUCAAUGCAGGCGGCGUGGGUCAAAGAUCGUGAGAAGAAGAAGGAGAGAAAGCAGGAGCGUGAGGAGUUCCGAGCUCAAGGUGUGAUUGGUAACAAGAAUGGCAAGGUCAAUAUGAAGCAGAAGUAUAAGGAAGGUAUCGGCAUUUAUGCCGUCAAGGAGGAGAUCAAAAAGUUCCUCAUGGGUGGCAAUACUACACUCUCACUACCUCCCAUGAGCAAAGCCGACCGCAAAGUCGUUCACGAGCUUGCGAAUGCUUUCCACCUAAAGUCCAAGUCUGCUGGUAAUGGUGAUAGCCGCUUCCCAGUUCUUUACAGAACGUCUAGGACUCUGGCCUUCAACGAUGGUGACUUUGCCAAGGUUGAUGCAAGAAUUUCUCGCCGUUUCCUCUCACGAAUGGACGUGGGCGGUAAAAGAGGCAGUGGAGUAAAGCAUACUGCUGGGACAGGUGGAAUCAACCGCGCAGCUGUUAGUUACAGAGAUGGUGAUAUCGUUGGAGGAUCUGCUCCUGAGCUUGGUGCUGACAACAAGGGUCGGGCCAUGUUGGAAAAGAUGGGUUGGAGCUCCGGUACAGCCUUGGGUGCUCUCAACAACAAGGGUAUAAUGCUUCCUGUUUCACAUGUUGUCAAAACCACCAAGGCAGGAUUGGGAUAA